AUGCUCGGGCCCGUGUGUGUAGGGAGUGACCUGCCUAUCAAGGUCCCUGUCAAGGAAGAAGCACCAGACCAAGAGUUCAAGUUUGAGACUCUCACAGGCAAGAACGUCAUUAUCGGCGUCCCCGGAGCAUUUACUGGUACAUGCACGCGUCAAAUACCCGGAUACGUCGAACUAUACGAGAAGUUCAAGGAGAAGGGAGUAAAAGACAUCUACGUCGUUGCCGUGAAUGAUGUGUUCGUCAUGAAGGCUUGGAAAGACUCAUUCGGACCCAAUGCUGCUCCACUGCGUUUCAUUGCAGAUGACAAGGGUGCUUUCACUGGUGCACUGGGCUUGCUGUUUGAUGCUUCAGCUAGGCUCGGAUCCCCGCGCUCCAAGCGCCACGUCCUCAUUACCCAGGACACGACUGUAGAGCAAGUCAUCGUGGAACAGGUUGCUAGCGAGCUUACUGUAACCGCUGCAGACAAGGUUCUCGCUUUCGUGUGA